AACAAGUUCCUCAGCAAGUCGCGCUGGGGGCGCAAGAUUGGCGGCGGCUCCAAGGAAAUGCCCGACGACGCCCUUGCGAAGGAGGCCCAAAAGCUCCAGGCCCAGCAGGACGUCGACGACUUCCUGAAACCCUCCACCCAGAAGUCCCAGCCGCACCCGACCCUCCCCAAGCCGCGCAUCGACAUCGCCGCCGCGCAGAGAUGGCCCAGUGCAAAAGACAUCCUGUCCGCUGCUCGCUCCCCCGGCGCGGGGCUGGCGACGACACCCCUCACGAGCUCAUUGCGGGGCAGUGAGAACGCGAAACCGAAGCGGGCCAAGGGCCUCUCUGUGUCCUUCGUGCGGACAGCGCCGGAGAUAAUUGGCCACGGCGGCGACGAGACCGAGGAGGCGUCAAUCGAAAUCUCGAAGCGGAAGAACAGCGCGUCGGGUGCGGCGCCAGGGCAACCAGCGGUACAUCAGGACGACAGCGUGCUGGGGAUGCGCACGCCGGACUUCAAUGGCUGGAGGGGAGACCAGGCGCAAACUACAGGUGUCGAGAGGCCUGGGAUUCCUAAGAGGUCGACUACAUCACAUGGAGAGAUUUCCCCGCCGCUGCAGGCUAAGAUGGAUAUGGGGAAUAUCACUUCGCAGGCGCAACCGCCACCACCUCCACCGCGAGGAGUGGGCCCAAUGGGAUUGGGAGACCGUCCGAAACCACUGCAGAGGGCUCCGACUGGAUUCGGGGACGUUGAUGAUGGUGUUUCCAGACCGAGCUUUGAUUCGACUUUUUCCAGAGACUCGGAUGAUUUCAAUUCUUUACAGCGGGGUGCUAGCGUGCGUACGGUAGAAUCGGUGGCUGAGGAAGAGGAAGAGGACGAUUUCGUGCCACGGCCUAUGCGGCGAACUCAAACCGGCUUUGCUAAUGAGCAGGCAUCUGAUCAACAUCCAAGCUUACCUGAUUUCAAUUUCGGCGAUGACUCUCCUAUCAUGUCUAAGAAACACUUCUUGGAGAGCGAACCCUCGGACCCCAGCUCUUUCGCGGCGAGAGUCCAGCACCAGAUGAGGGCCGAGGAGGGAAGGGCGUUGCAUGCGGGCGUUGAGCAUCCCGCCGUCGAUUCUGAUGGCAGACCUUCUUUGGACAGCGCGAGCUCGUACUCCAAUACGACCUCGCCGGAGUCCUAUCGAGCACCCCCUUUUCCUGCUGCGCAGGAUCAGUUUCAGAGGCGGCCAACUAACGCCACACGGCCCUCUUACGAGCCUGCCCCUCCGCAAGUGCCGCUUCAGUCCAGACCAUCGAAUGCUACACGACUUUUCGAGCCAGCGCCGCCGCAAGGGCAGCUUCAGUCAAAGCCAUCGAACGCCACGCGGCCUUCGUACGAGCCAGCGCCAUCACAAGGGCAACUUCAGCCACGGCCAUCGAACGCUGGUUCCAUAAAUUCGAGGGUUUCGCCCGAGCCGCGUCUGGCUGCGCAAUUGGAAUCGGAACCACGUCGUUCGCAUGCCCGAAAGCCAUCACAAGAUCCUCCUAUAAGGAAAGCUCUUCCUUCGCCCGAAGCCGGUAGUGAAGCUCCAGUCAUUCAAAACACCGGACCCCAGGUUCCCCUCCAUCGAUCAGAUACGAAAGCUCAAGGCAAUGCUGCCCUAAUAGACUUUGCGGAUCGCGUUACCCACAUGCAAGGAAUCUUCCGGCUUACAGCUGAGAUGGAGAAGCCGCUUUAUGAUGCCUCCCCUAUGCAAUGGUUAAGAGCUAGCAUGUGGUGGUUCCUUCGAGGCCGAUCUGGCAUGGAAGCACUUAUUCGUGGUAAACCUCGUGGCGAUGCCUCCGCGGAAGCACGUCCUCAACUACUCACACAGCCUCAUGUUGACCUGGCUAAGACGUGGUGGAUCGUGGCCGAGGUCGUGCAGAACCAUCCCGGGCUGAGGAAGUACGGCGACAUGCAGAUGGAAUCGCAGGCUCUUGGCUCGCGUCAGGCUGGAGAUACAAUUAUGGCUGAUAUCUACGAUACAUAUGAUGUUGUGCUGUCGUAUUUGAAGCUGCUUCUAGCCUCGAUGAAGCGACAUCAAGUCAUGCCGCCACGACAGUCCCUGAUCCAGGGCCAAGACCAGACAAUCUGGCACAAGUACCCCAAUUUCUCUCUCGAUGCUCAAUCGAUCUUAUCCGCUCAAGCAAUGCAUCCUGCGAGCUGUAUGCCACUUGGGGAUACGAAAGCGGAUUUUGUCUAUUCGCGCAUGUUUGUCACGGCUUCGCUCGCGACCGAGGAGGCAGAAACAGAUCGUGUGCCCAUGACCUGCGUUCUCUCCGUCAUGCGCCCACACAACGAUCUCUCCAUCAAGAUUACCGUCUGCAGCAUGACCGAACUCGUCAACAUAACCGUCCAGAACGACCCCAAGGCCCGUCCCACUUGGGAAGACGUCCAAUGGAAGGUGAAGACCCGUGGUCUGUAUGUCACUCUUCCUCGUGGCUACACCCUCAGCAUAGAACUCAAUGAGCAAGACUUCCGCCAGCUAUGGGCUAUCGUGGAUCACACGAACAAGGUUGCAUCCCGGCUGCGCCCUCAUGGGGAUGAACGUGUUGUCUACGAUCAAGCUCUCCGUGACUUAAAGUACACCGACCCGACGAACCCGCAAGCCUUUCCAGCAGAACGUGUAAAGCGGUGUAGGACCAUUGUGUUUGAGAAGUGUUUGAAGAGCAACGAGGGAACCGGCAAGCGGCGCCUCCACCGCGGAUUCCGGAUUGUUGUUGUGACGAAUCCGAAGAGUAGGACCUUGAGUUGCGUCAGCCACGAUGUCGGCCUGCAGAAGCCUUUGAACUUUGAAUUCCUGGCGGAUGCAGAAGAAGGUGGGUUCCCGGCGAUGGUGCUACGGCCUGACGAGGUGGUUGACGGCAAGCCGAAGCAGUGCACCAUGUUCCUUGUGUUCAAUGACGGGAAGGACAGGAAUCUGCUUUAUGGCACGCUCACGGCCUCGAAUGCAACGCCGGAUGAGACGGUAUUCGCGCAGGUUCCGUUGAAAAAUCUCAUCGUAGAAAACCUAGAUCAAGCUGAAGGCUUUACGCAAUCUGGCCAUGCUGUGCUGCAGAGGCUUCACUGGAACGACCUCAAGGCGCUGAACAUGGAUCCUGAAAUUAAGAAUACGGAUGGUGCGCAAGUUGUGCUAUCAGAGAGUCUGAGAGUCGUAGCGAGGCAUUCCGCGGGCGCCUUGACGGACCGCAUGAACAUGACGCCCGGCGAAUUCCGCCUCCGCCUCCAAACCAGUGGCAGCGCCGAAAUCAUCAUCCUCCGCAACCCGCAAGAAGACAUGAGCGCCGCCAUCGACGCCAAACACUGCGAGCCCGACAUCCCCGACGAACUCGCCGAGCUGCUGCGCACCAUCGCCACGGCAUCCACGCUCCGAACCUACUCGUUCCACAACCUCGCCGACCUGCACACCUUCCAGACGGCCGUGACGGGCUUCUUCGUCAAGUUCGACGGCAUCGCCGCCUCGUUUGCCAUUGCGCGCCGCCGCAUGGUGGUGCCCAUCUACAAGCGGUGGGAGUCGGCGCAGGUGCGCAUCCAGGUGGUGCAGCAGGACAACGUCAUCCAGCUGCUGGCCUUCUUCGAGGAGUUCUCGCACGCCGACGCCAUGAACUUCCAGCUCAAGAGCAUGGACGUGUUCGAGAAGCACGAGAAGGGCGGCCGGUUCCUGCUGAAGCUGGUCGACGCCAAGUUUGCGCUGCCGGUCGAGGAGCGGAAAGGCGAGGGCAAGAUUGGGCAGGCCGAGGGCAAGCAGGGCGGGUGGGCGGGCGCGCGGAGGAGGUUUGUGUGUCUGGAUGUGGUCGAGUACCCGGGCGAGCAUGAUGAUGUGACGGUGGGGUUUGAGAGUGCUGCCGAGCGUGACCGCUUCGCCGAAGCCCUCCCCGCGGCGUCGCAGAUUGGCCGCCAGAUUACGUUCAAGCGCAAGAUUUGAUUUUGAGCAUUUGCGUUUACAUUCGUUAUAGCUAUUUGUGUGCUUUUCCCUACCUCCUAGCUUUUGGGGGGGGAAAGGGGGGCGUGUGUCUGAUACGAUACGGUUUUUCUUUGUAUACCCUUUUGCUUUUUGUUUUUUUUUCUUUCGUGGCGAAAACGCGCGGGGCAUUGCACAUAAAGCGGGCAUUUUCUGUGAGCGCUCCUCCUGAGUAGGUAUCUAUCUCUUCAAGGUUCCUGUCGCUGGUUU